AUGGACAUUGAAUUGGCAAAAUGUGAGUGUUGUGGAUUGAAAGAAGAUUGCACACAAGACUAUAUCACUGAAGUGAAGGCAAAAUUUGAAGGCAAAUGGCUAUGUGGGUUGUGCUCAGAAGCUGUUAGAGAUGAAGUGGACAGAGGGAAGAAGCCAUCUGGUAUGGAAGAAGCUGUGAAGGCUCACAUGUCAUUUUGCAGGAAAUAUAAAUCGAAUCCGGCGAUUCGGGUGGCUGACGGGAUGAGGCAGAUGCUAAGGAGAAGAUCAGGCGACUUGUCGUCGUCGUCGUCGCCGUCUUCCGGUGGGGAUGGGGGGAGGUUGUUUGUAAAAGGCCGUCCAUUGGAUUUCUGCUGUGAUUUUCCAGCAGAAACAAAUGCAAGCCAUUAG